AUGCGUUUUCUCGAGCUUAGGGGCAAGAGCCUCAUUGCUAUCAUUUUGUUGACUUCGGGGUUUGACUUUCUCCUUUUUGGAUAUGAUCAAGGUCUCUUCGGCGGUAUCCUUGGCGGUCAACGCUUCAAGGACAUGCUGGGCAACCCAGACCCGACAAUGACUGGCCUUGUCACAGCUAUUUACGAUAUAGGAUGUGCGAUUGGUGCUGUUGUGGCAUUCGUCUUUGGAGAGAAAAUUGGGCGUAAACGAUCCAUCAUCCUGGCAAACCUCAUUGUCGUCUUCGGGGCUGCAAUUCAGACUGCUAGUUUUGAAUACUGGCAAAUGUUCGUCUCACGCAUUAUUGCCGGCGUCGGUGUCGGGCUCUCCACCGUUGCGGUGCCGAUUCUGCAAUCGGAAACUCUGCCUGCGCAUAACCGUGGCUCCCUACUGGUCGUACAGUCGGCUUUGAUCAUCAUUGGUGUAGCCAUCGCGUCCUGGCUAUGUUUCGCGACACUUUACGCCGACAACUCGCUACAGUGGCGCUUCCCGGUCGCUUGCCAGAUCCUCUUCUCCCUCAUCGUGCUGGCUCUAUGCCCGUUCUUGUGUGAGACACCACGUUGGCUGGCAUCGCGUGGCAAGAUCGAUGAGGCCAAGCAUACGAUUAGCAGGCUUCUGGACAAGCCCAUCGAUGACGAAGAGGUCCAGGGUCAACUCCAGGAAAUCCUCGACGCUAUCGAAGCUGAGAGUAACGAAGAAGAGCCGAGCUGGAGCGAAGUGUUUAGCAACGCCACCAAGACUCGCAACCUACAUCGUGUCAUUCUCGGUAUGGGCCCAUACCUCAUGAACCAAUGGUCGGGUAUCAACGCGCUAUGCUACUACCUCGCAUUCAUUCUCCAGGAAUACCUCGGUUACUCCCCCAGCAUGUCUCUUAUCCUAGCCUCCGUCGCAUUCACCCAAUACGCGAUCUUCUCCUGGCCCCCAUACUUCUACAUUGACAAGAUCGGACGUAGAUGGUCGGUCAUGGGUUCUUCAGCUGGUUGUGCGAUUUGCAUGUUCCUGAUCGCUGGUUGUCUUUCCAAGAACAGCUUCUCUAGCGCCGCCGCAGCUGUCGCAUUCAUGUUUCUCUACCUCGACUGUUUCACCCUCGGAAUCUUACCUGUAUCUUGGUCUUAUUCAGCCGAGAUCCAGCCUCUCCGCGUACGCAACAAAGCCACAGCCGUCGGCGUCUUUUCUCAUUGGAUGAGCAACUUCGUCGUGGUUAUGGUUACGCCCAUCGGUCUUGAUAAUAUCCGCGGCCAUUACUUCUGGGUCUGGGCUGUCGUCUGCGCUUCCUUUGUCCCGCUGACGUAUUUCUUUGGUGUUGAGACGUCUGGACGUACGCUGGAGGAGAUUGACAUCAUGUUCUUCGAGAAGCCAAGAUUGUGCAUGGGACUGAACAAGGAGAACAGGACGGUCAUCAGGGUGAGCAAGUCCGACGAGGAGGAGAGGUACAGGAAGUUUGCGCACGCAAACGAGAAGCAGGAAGCAGUCAUGUCGGAGAGGAUAAGCUCGGACAACUAG